UGGGUGACAUUCGGAGGCCAAAUUUCAGAUGAGGUUGCCGAACGGUUGAUGACAAUCGCCUAUGAAAGUGGCGUGAAUCUCUUUGAUACUGCCGAGGUCUAUGCUGCUGGAAAGGCUGAGGUGAUCCUGGGGAGCAUCAUCAAGAAGAAAGGCUGGAGGAGGUCCAGCCUGGUCAUAACCACCAAACUCUACUGGGGUGGAAAAGCUGAAACAGAAAGAGGGUUGUCAAGAAAGCAUAUUAUUGAAGGACUGAAGGGCUCCCUCCAGAGGCUGCAGCUGGAGUAUGUGGAUGUGGUCUUUGCAAAUCGUCCAGACAGCAACACCCCCAUGGAAGAAAUUGUUCGAGCCAUGACACAUGUGAUCAACCAAGGCAUGACCAUGUACUGGGGUACCUCGAGGUGGAGUGCCAUGGAGAUCAUGGAAGCCUAUUCUGUGGCAAGGCAGUUCAAUAUGAUCCCGCCAGUCUGUGAACAAGCUGAGUACCACCUUUUUCAAAGAGAGAAAGUGGAGGUCCAGCUGCCAGAGCUCUACCAUAAAAUAGGGGUUGGUGCGAUGACAUGGUCUCCUCUUGCCUGUGGGAUCAUCUCAGGAAAAUAUGGAAAUGGGGUGCCUGAAAGUUCCAGGGCCUCACUGAAGUGCUACCAGUGGUUGAAGGAAAGAAUUGUAAGUGAAGAAGGGAGAAAACAGCAAAACAAGCUAAAAGACCUUUCUCCAAUAGCAGAGCGUCUGGGCUGCACGCUACCUCAGCUAGCCGUUGCGUGGUGCCUGAGGAACGAGGGUGUGAGCUCCGUGCUCCUGGGAUCAUCCACCCCUGAGCAACUCAUAGAAAACCUCGGUGCCAUUCAGGUUCUCCCAAAGAUGACAUCACAUGUGGUAAAUGAGAUUGAUAACAUACUACGCAACAAGCCCUACAGCAAAAAGGACUACAGAUCCUAAGGCAAUGCAUGAGCCACAGAAGCUGCAUGGGUAAAAUAGCCAUCUACAGUACAGGCAGUGUUACUGCCAUUCUUCUGAAUCACUUAGCAGCCUGCUGCUCAACCUCUAGUGUCCCCGGAUUCUCUGAGGUGUUUGCUGUCGCUACCACUGUGCACCUGAUUUCUGAGACAUCUGAAAACUUACAACCAAGAAAAUCCAUUCUAUUUUCUUACCUUGGACUGGAGUCCCCUGUCCUUUCAUUGCUCUUUACACCUCAUGCUUAAGCAAUGGAAAGAAUAUUGGGGAAAGUAUUAUCUUCAGGCAUUUGGCUAACAUAAAGAAGGCUGUACAUAUAUAUUUUUUCAAAAGAACAAAUCCACAGAUGCGUUAUGAAUUGCAUUAGAAAGAGUCAGAAGUCUGGCACAGGAGAAUAAACAAUUUUUUUUCCUAUUUCACGUUCAUAUUUACAAGUUUCACAUCACUUGCACUAAUUUCUAUUCACUUGCUCUCAUCACCUUUUAAAUAUUUACUGUUGCCUGGUCCUGUACUAGUUUAUCCAGUGUUAUUUGGGUUCUAAAACUGUUACGUCCAUUUACAUGUAGAGAUGAUAAAAAGAUGAAUACUCUACUCUUAAAGACAUUAUG